CCAGAAUUUAAUUUGCAUAUCUAUUUUCAGCCCAUGGAUACAGCCAGUCCCGACGACGGCGCCAUCGCGCAGCCCAUGCUUGGUGUUGAGGAUGCGGAUUUCUGGCGUCAGAAGCAGGAGUGGGUCAAGCAGAUGCGUCUGCAGUUCUCGCGCCGCCCUGAGUUCCCCGAGACACACAACAUGAUUGACGACGAGGGCAUGCUCAACCAGGAGUACUUCCAGCCGCCCAAGGAUGCAGUUGCCCCCAAGGAGCGCAAAUGGGGCGACGACGAGAAGCGCAGGCUGCUGGAGGGCAUUGAAAAGCACGGGAUCGGCCACUUCCGAGAGAUCUCAGAGGAGUCGCUGCCUGAGUGGUCCGGCAAUGAUCUGCGUAUGAAGGCCAUCCGCCUGAUGGGCCGACAGAACCUGCAGCUGUACAAGGGCUGGAAGGGCGAUGCCGCAGCAAUCGGACUGAAGCAUGGGACGUGGAAGGGCGGCGCCUUGGUCUAUGACGACGACGGCGUGGUGCUGAAGGCGAUCCAGGAGUCAAACCGCGCUAAUCCGCCAUAAGAUAAUCACCGGGCGGUGCUCGUUCCGUGGCGUCCGGCAGUACUCGUCUAUGCUGUCGUUGUUGCUGCUGUUGCACUAAUAUAUUU